UGCUGGUGAUGAUUUGAGAAGGUUUGGUGGCAUUCUGCCUAUGACAGUCUUCUUGUCUGAACAUAGUGCUGCCAAGAAAAUGACAUCAACAAAGACAGCAUUUUGCUACUGAGCCCAUCUCGACACCCAUCUCAGAGUCUGGAGAGACGAGGCUGGGGCUGGGCCUGAGGCUGAGGCCGACCUACAGAGCAGGAACACUGUCCCGAGGGGGGAGAAUGGGGGCUGGAUUGCUUCUGUCAGUGUGCAUGAUGAGGCCUCCCCAGGAAGAUUCCUCAUAGUGGAAAAAACAGACAAGGGCUGAUCUUGUCACCACCGUGAAAGGACCAUGGGAGAUGUGAAGACUCCUGACUUUGACGACCUGCUGGCAGCCUUCGAUAUCCCUGACAUGGUAGACCCCAAUGCAGCCAUCGAGUUGAGCCACGAUGACCAAAAACCCAGCAUCCCCCAAGAGAACGAGGCCCACACCCCCUCCUCUGGCCCAGAUGGAGGCAUCAGCGUCAUCGUCAAAAAUGUCCGCAACUUGGAUGCCAGUCAGCAUGCCCAGUUGGAGAAAGAAGUCCACUCCCAUGCCACCAUUGGCAAUGGGCUCCAUAAUGGCAUCCCUGCCAUGUCGCCUAUCAAUCGAUAUGGGAUGAAAGGAGCAGACAAAUCAUCCUUUCAGGUGGGGGGUUGCAGUCAGGCUGUCAGUAGUCCUUCAACCUUUAACCAGUUCAGUCCCAUAUCUAGCGCAGAGGAGUUUGAUGAUGAUGAUAAGACUGAAAUGGAUGACCCUAUGGACCAGCAGAAAAGUCAGAUAUUCUUUCGCCUGGCCCAAGAUCCCAUAAAAGUCCCUCUUAUUAAAAGAGAGAACCAGACCAAAAUCACCACAUUGACAGACAGUCUAGCCAAUCCUGGCUCCAAUGGAAAUUGUGAUCAAUCUAAAGUUAAUAAAAACAACAAAAACAAUGGUGCUUUGAGCCGUUUUACCCAGCAAAACUCCCUUAAAACAAGGAAAGUGGAGGCCCAAGCCGGAGACCUGGUUGAUAAGUCCAUGGAAGUGAGGGAGCCUGGAGACCAUUCAGGUCAGGCUGCUUUAUCCACCAUCUCCCAGGACAAGGCCAAAUCGUCAGCCAAGCUCUCUUACUGCAUGGCUGCCUUAGCUGCCCUCAGUGCCAAAGUCACAGCUGAUACAGGGCUGUCAGAGUCAGUCACUACGCAGACAGAAUCCAAAGCUCCCCAGAGGGUGCCUCCCAAGGAGGGCAGAGAAGACACUAGGGUGACGGAGACACUCACAGAACAGGAGUCACCUUUGGAAUCGGCCAAGAUGCUACUGGCUAAACAGCCUGACAGCCCACUCGACAUCCCCAGUGAGGGUGGCAGUAAGGGUUCCCCGUCCUCACCCACUGGCUGCACCCCUGUCAUCCCCAAAGUACGGAUCAAAACCAUCAAGACCUCGUCAGGCCACAUCAAACGCACUGUCACCAGAGUCCUGCCCGAGUUUGACCCAAUGUUUCUCAAGAAAGGGGAAAACAACGCCUCCAUCGUGGUCUCUUCCAUCCUCUCCUCCCCCAUGUCUACCUCCAUAUUCUCCACCCAAGCACGGACCUCCCUGCCUGCCAUGGUUAUAGCCAGUUCCGCAGGUCCCACCAUGGAAAUAACCAAACAGAUGACCAUCAAGCCCGUGGCCACAGCCUUCUUGCCCGUGUCGGCGGUAAAGACAGCAGGGUCCCAGGUCAUCAACCUGAAACUGGCCAACAACACCACCGUAAAGGCUACGGUCAUCCCUGCCACCUCAGUGCAGAGUGCCAGCAGUGCCAUCCUCAAGGCGGCCAAUGCCAUCCAGCAGCAGGCCGUCAUGGUGCAAACCUCCAGCCUGGCCAACGCCAAACUCAUACCAAAAACCGUCCACCUCACCAACUUAAACCUCCUGCCUCAGACAACCUUGGCCACUGAGUUCCACCAGGUCCUGUCAAAGCCAUUGCAGCAGCAGCCCAUCACGCAGGCUCUUCUGGCAGCCCAGGGCCAGCUGCAGGUUCCUAGGAAGCUCUCCAGGAUCCAGGUGUUGGCCAGCUCUCAGAGCUCCAUGGUGGAGGCCUUUAACAAGGUUCUGAGCAGCAUCAACCCCGUACCGGUGUAUGUACCCAACCUCAGCCCCCCCUCCUUGGCCUGUAUCUCCUUGCCUUCGCGAGGCUACAAGUGCCUGGAGUGUGAGGACUCAUUUGCCCUGGAGAAGAGCCUCACGCAGCACUACGACCGCCGCAGUGUACGCAUCGAGGUCACCUGCAACCACUGCACCAAAAACCUGGUUUUCUACAACAAAUGCAGUUUGCUGUCCCACGCCCGAGGGCACAAGGAUAAGGGUGUGGCCAUGCAAUGCUCUCACCUCAUCCUAAAGCCAAUCCCUGCUGACCAGAUGAUUACCGUGUCCUUUUCACCGGCCUCCACCCAAAUCUCCACCCUGGCCCAGUGCUCUACUAGACAGCUUCCAGGGAAGGGACUCCAGGCAGCAGUGAUCUCUGCCCCCUCUGGCACCCCCCAGAUGGCAGCCAUGCCCCUGGAGGACGACAGCCCUCGCCUCUGUAGACACAGUCUCAAGUGUCUGGAGUGCAGCGAGGUGUUCCAGGACGAGAGCUCUCUAGCUUUGCACUUUCAGCAGCCUCUGGAGUCCUGUAGACAGAAAACCUGCACUAUCUGCCAAAUGCUGCUGCCCAACCAGUGCAGUUUCACCUCCCAUCAACGGAUCCACCAGCACAAGUCACCUUAUAUCUGCCCGGAGUGUGGAGCCAUCUGUCGCUCGGUCCACUUCCAGUCCCACGUCACAAAGAACUGCCUGCACUACACCCGCAGAGUGGGCUACCGCUGUGUACACUGCAGCGUCAUCUACACUGACGUGACUGCCCUCAAGGCUCACCUCCACAGUACCCACUGUGAGAUCUUCUACAAAUGCCCUAUAUGCCCCAUGGCCUUCAAAUCUGCCCCGGGAACCCACUCCCAUGCCUACACACAGCACCCCGGGAUCAAGAUAGGAGAGUCCAAGUUGAUAUAUAAGUGUUCCAUGUGCGAUACGGUGUUUACCCAGCAGGCCUUGCUCUACUCCCACUUUGACCAUCAUCUGGCCAGUCAGAAGGUGUCUGUCUUCAAAUGCCCGGACUGCUCAAUGCACUAUGUCCAGAAACAGCUAAUGCUGGACCACAUUAAGGCCAUGCAUGGCACCCUGAAAUCCAUCGAGGGCCCACCCAACCUGGGCAUCACCCGGCCCCUCAACACCAAGCCCACCAAACCCCUGUCUGUGAGCCCCAACAACAGGGCGGGGCCUGGACUCAAUGGCAUGGACAGCAGUGACAAGAAACCACCUUCCUCAUCCUCCCCCAUCAAGAAGCCCCUUGGCCCCGGGUGGAAGUGCACACAGUGUGAGCGCCUCUUUCCUCAGAGGGAGGUCUUUGUGGCCCACAUGAGACGAGAGCACGGCAAGCACCUGAAAAAGCACCCGUGUCCUCAGUGCGACAAGUCCUUCAGCUCCUCCCACAGCCUGUUCCGACACAACCGUAUCAAACACAAGGGCCUUCGCAAGAUCUACUCCUGCCCACACUGCCCAGAUCUCAAUCAAACGUUUACCAAGAGGUUGAUGCUGGACAAACACAUUCAGCUGGUGCAUGAUAUAAAGGGUUCGGAGGGGAAGUCAGCACGGGACCAUGAAAACCUGGAGGACGCACCUGAAAAGGCUCCCAGCCCUAAGAGAAACCAAGAAGAAGACGAGGGGUCUCCCGAUGUGCAGUCCAGGGGCUCCGAGGCUCAGGCCCUGAAGAAGCUCAAGGUGAACGUUUUCAAAGAGCGCACGUGUGCGGUCUGUGGCUUCACCACUGAAGAGGUCGACACCUUCCGUGGCCACAUCCCGCAGCAUAAGUCGGAUGGCUCGUCCUUCCAGUGCAGGGAGUGUGGCCUGUGCUACACCUCCCACCCUUCGCUGGCCCGACACCUCUUCAUCGUCCACCGGGUAAAGGAGCCGCACAGUUUGGCCCGACGCUAUGGAGCUCUCGAAGACGAUGAGAGCCAGCAAGAGAACCAGCUGGGGCCAUCACACAGCAACGCCGACGGGACACCAGAGACCAAAUGCAAAGUGUGUGGGAAGAUGUUUGAGACAGAAAGUAGCUUGAACACACACAUGAGGACACAUGGCAUGGCUUUCAUCAAGUCCAAGAGACUGAGCAUGGCGGAGAAAUAGGAUGCAGACAGUGUGUUGGAGGUGCCUUUGAAAGCCUCUCUUUCCUCCCCACAGAUACAACAUUAUCGCUGACGCCAUUCACACCUGUGCCACACAGUCUGCUGGGUGUCACCAUUGACUCCUCUAAUCACAUAUAUAAAGAAUAUACAGUAUAUGACAAUAUAUACACACAGAUUCUGAAUGUGUAAUACAAAGUAAGUGAUAGAUUCAAAGUGAAUUUACAUGUAUUUAAAUCAAGAAUAUGACAUGACAACAUUUUGUACACUUUACGACAGUUGUUUUUUAUGGGUGUUGUUUUAUACUGCGUCAAAUAUGUUUUCAUGAUUGUCCUCUCACCCUGAUGGAAACAUGUUUGGAGGAUGUGUCCCAGUAAACAUUCUGAGGGUUUGACAGUUGGUAAGGAUUUGUUCUCUACUAUGGGUUAAUGCCUAUUUCAGAAAGAAUACACGGUUUAAGGUCUGUUUCCCAGACACUUUAACAGCGUAGUCCUCUGCCAGGGCCCUGAGAUCCAAACUUUUAAGUUUUUCCUCUGAGGCGAGCAUUGUCCAUACCUCCAUGUUAAAUCAGACAAAUUCAGGACAGGUGGACACAUCUUAAGGAAAAUUGUGAAUGUGGUAUGCCUGGCUUAACUACAACAACAGGAAAUGGGUUUGAUCAUAAAAUCUGUGAUCAACAUUGUCCCUGUCACAGCUAAGAGCAGGACAAUCAGUCCAGAAUGUGCAAGUUGGGUCUGCUUUGCCAUCUCACUUCUCUAUCUUUACAAAGCCAUGUGUUAUUUCUGAAGGGUCAAUUAGCAAACAAUUCAAACUGUUCAAACAAUCAAGAGGGCUGCCUUUAAUUCUCACAUCUGGUUUACACCUGUUUUGUUUCCACCAUGGUUUUUGGAUAUUACCUUUUCUAGAAAGAUUGUAUGGAGAUAUAUCUGCAUGAGAGAAUCUAUAGAUAGUUGUUCUCAGUUUCUAUGUGUCUCGCUGCUGGCCUCUAGAUGUGUCUCAGCACUGGAUACAAAGCAGCUCUUGGUGUUAAUAAACUGUGGAACUAGAGGUGGGAUUUGAUGUCCACAUGGAACAUCAGAUCCUCCUAGAAACAAAUGACUUUGUUUGUCCGCCCUUGUUCAUUAACCAUCACGUUGGCACAGAAGACAACAGACCUACAGCAUCACAGAAGCACACAGUUUAAGGACAACUUAACGGAGGUACAUUAUAUGUUUUAGAUGUGGGUCAGCAGUUCGAAUAGCGAUCUGCACCUGCUCCCUGUGGACUGUAGA